AUGCGUGUAUGCCACAAAUCGGCGGAGGUUGAUUGCAACCUAAUCGUCUUGGACUGCGAAGGUCCUCUCCUGUGCGGUCGUGAUUUGCUGCAGAAACUACAAGAGCAGGGCGCAGCAGUACUCCACGUAGCUGCACCACCACUCGGGGCGAGCCCGGAGUCUCCGCCCACGCCUGCUGUGUUGGACCGCUACUCCGACCUGUGCACGGAUGGCGUAGGACUCAUGAAAAGCCCACCGGGGCGCCUUCACAUCAAGCCUGGAGUGACGCCAAAGUUCUUCAAGGCAAGAAAGGUACCCUACGCUCUGUUGGAUAAAGUUUCAGAGGCAUUAGAUCGACUCGUGGCAGCUGGCAUUAUAUCACCAGUGACGCACUCGGAAUGGGCUACACCCAUUGUUCCAGUCUUAAAGAAAGACGGCACAGUUCGCAUUUGCGGUGACUUCAAGGUUACUUUGAACUUAGUAUGCGAGCUGGAACAAUACCCGCUGCCUCUUAUCGAGGAUAUUUUUGCGCAAUUAGGUGUGGGGGAGCGGUUCAGCAUUUUGGAUUUGCGCGACGCCUACAACCAGAUCCCGCUAGACGAAGAGUCUCGCAAAUUGGCCGUGAUAAACACCCACAAGGGCCUCUUUUGCUUCAACCGCCUCCCGUUUGGGAUUGCUUCGGCACCGGCGAUAUUUCAAAGGCGAAUUGAAUCAAUCCUACAGGGCUUGCCUGGGGUGCAAGCGUACCUAGAUGACGUGUUGAUAGCGGAAGAGGGUGACAGCGAAAACCGCAAUCUGAUGGCUGUGCUCGAGCGCUUCCGUGAACAUGGCAUUAAGCUUCGUGCUGAUAAGUGCCGCGUUAGCGAGCCCUCUGUUACAUAUCUAGGUCACCGUAUUGACGCGAACGGACUGCAUCCCAUGGAAAAGAACGUGGAUGCUAUCAGGCUAGCCCCCUCUCCACAGAACGUCUGCGAGCUACGCUCAUUUCUGGGCAUGGUAACCUUUUAUAACAAGUUUAUGCCCGACUUGUCUACCAUUCUAGCGCCGUUGUACAAACUGCUGAAAAAGGGCGCUAAGUGGACGUGGAGCACCAACGAAAAGAAAGCCUUUGUCCAGGUGAAAAAUGCGUUGUGCGCGGCACCCAUACUCACUCAUUUUGAUCCGAACCGUGAGCUCUUCUUAGAGUGUGAUGCGUCCCCAUACGGAGUUGGUGCUGCACAUUUUCAUCACACCGAAGGCGAGAAGCGACCCGUAGGCUUUUGA